GAAGACAGAAGCUGGGGGUAGUAGGUAGUUAGCUGGCAGACAGGGAGGCAGGCAAGCAAGCAAGCCUUCAAGCAAAGUGCCAAAUUUACACAGCAAUUGUAGAUAAAAUACCUCGUCAAUUUACGACACGGUUUUUGUUGGUGUUCACGCAAAGGGGAGCACUUUUUUCUAAGAAUUUGAAACGAGGCAUUGCCAAAUUAACGCUAGCUACCGAGUUUAGCUCCAGCGAGCUAGCGAGCUAACGUAACGCCUAGUUAGCCGUUGACGCUCUCUGUCGUGAACAAUAACAGCAAGUUAGCCGCAGCCGGCUCCGACACGGUCCACAAGUCAACUCUCCGCCGUGCUACAACUGUGGAAAAAUGACAUCCAGGAAGAAAGUGCUCUUGAAAGUCAUCAUCCUGGGAGAUUCUGGCGUUGGAAAGACUUCCCUAAUGAACCAGUAUGUGAACAAGAAGUUUAGUAACCAGUACAAAGCUACAAUAGGAGCAGAUUUCCUGACCAAGGAGGUGAUGGUGGACGACCGGCUUGUUACAAUGCAGAUCUGGGACACAGCUGGCCAGGAGAGGUUCCAGUCUUUGGGUGUUGCGUUCUACCGUGGAGCAGACUGCUGUGUGCUGGUGUUUGAUGUGACUGCGCCUAACACCUUCAAGACACUCGACAGCUGGAGGGAUGAGUUUCUGAUUCAGGCCAGCCCUCGAGAUCCUGAGAACUUCCCCUUUGUGGUGCUGGGCAACAAGAUUGACUUGGAGAACAGACAGGUGACCACCAAAAGGGCUCAGGCUUGGUGUCAGAGUAAGAACAACAUCCCCUACUUUGAGACCAGCGCCAAAGAAGCCAUAAACGUAGAACAGGCAUUCCAGACAAUUGCACGAAACGCCCUCAAACAGGAGACAGAGGUGGAGUUGUAUAAUGAAUUCCCAGAGCCCAUAAAGCUGGAUAGGAAUGACAGAGCUAAACCGUCAGCAGAAAGCUGCAGCUGCUAAGGGACAACUUGGACCAUCUUCUCUCUUGGCUUUCUGGAACACCCUGUCACCUGUUACAUCACCUCCACCUCGCUCCCAGGGAAAGGACUUCCCUACUGGUCUUCCUCCUUCACGCCAUUAUUCAUUCCAUCAACAUGACCCCUCACACAGUCUGCUGCACAUGGAUGUAUCCCCCCUUCCCCCCACCUAGCACACAGUUUAAUACACUAGCAUACUCUCGUGAAAUACGCUGACAAAUCCAGUGCCCAAAGAUCACACGAGAGAAGAAUGACACCCCUUCUGGCCACACAGUCCCUGACUUGAUAGUGAGUGAUCUCCUGUCCUGCCCACCAGUUUGUCCAACUGUGGCCCCUGACCCUCACACUGAGGGGUCACGAUGGAGCCACGUUCAAAGAGAACAGUUGGGAUCUCAAGAAGGACCGGCUGAUGCUCUGUAAUGUGACACGAUGUUGUCUAAUGUCAGCAUCCCAACUAUCUUAUUCUCUCUCUUUUCUGUUUGCUUUCUUUUGCCUAUCUGUCAAGAAAUAAUCUAGUUAAACUAUAUAUAUGCAUAUGUAUAAUAUAAUUGACUGAUGUUAUUUCUCAAGCCAAUCUGAAACACAUACUUGUUUUUUUUGCACUUUCUUUUUAUGUUUUUGCCUUUAAAUGUUAUAGAGGGAUGACUGAUUCUGGGCAACGUCUGCUAACACGCCUUUCGGUAAACUUCAAAUUAUGCCUCCUCACUUGUUUCCCCCAUCAGAUAUCUCCUGAGAAUCUGUUGAACACUGGUGAUUGUAUUGCCUUUUCCCUUCAAAGAUGGUGUGUUAAAGCGUUUGUAACUGCCUCACACUGCAGAAGAAAUGUUACUAGGUAGACUCUAAAAGCUGAGCAGACAGUCGCAGUUUAAAAAUGGAUCAACUCCUUGAUAUAUUACUAUUUGCCUUUUACGUAACAUUACUUGUACUGCUACUAUUACUGCUGUAUGUGUUAUGUCCUUCAUCAGACAUCUUUCAGUGCUAUGGAAUUACAAUAUGCAUCACCCACACAGCGUACACCUGUCUUCUGUCAUGUCUUUGUUAUUGCUGUUCUAUCUAUCUGCUUGUAGCUCAGGUUGGCUAAGUACUUAAUAUUUUUAACGGAUUGUGUAUUACGGUGUAUACAUGGUAAAGGUGAAAUGGAUUGAACUAAAAUGGAUGUUCUCUCCCUCCAUUUAAAGAAAAUAUUCAACUAUUUGCCCUGGUAUUACGCCUCCUCCUUACAGAAAAAAUUACUGCAAUGCCAAUGAUAUUGUCAAAGAAAAUUUGGACGUCAAAUAAUAAAACUCUUGAAUAUA